GAGACACAAGGACCGAGCUGCUCUGACAGAGACACAAGGACCGAGCUACAGAGCUGAAAAGUCGAGUAUUACGAGUUGUAUGUUCUGAGUUUAGUUGCGUGAUCAGUAGAAUCCUGCCGAAACCUGACUGGUGUGUCUCUGGCUGCUGUGGUGAGAGCCCCAUGUCAUGGUCUCCAUGAAAUAAAGAUGGACAACAUGUGAUGAAGCUGAAAUAUCCCAGAUGUGGGCGCUGCCAUCUUGAGCUGCUGUCAGUUCAACCAGUCGUGAGUCAGUCUCGGUUCUGAGUUCACUGUCGUUCUUUAAAGACACACACUUUUCCCCGUGGAGAGUCUGCAGUGUGCUGCCAGUCUGAGAGCUGGAGAGACACACAGACACAAAGGAGACAACUUUUAAAAACUUUUCCCUGCAACUUCUUGUUGUUUUUCCAACUUUGGAUGCAAGACUACUUUUGCUUUUCUGGUUUCCUGCGAGAGUUGAAUUAUUUCCCACGGAAAGCUGCAAUGCUUCCACUGUACCUCCUGACUUUUGCUGCCACCGUCCAGGCCCACAACCAACUGCUGCCAGGCUCCUGCAGCUUUGAAUCCAACACCUGCGAGUACACGUCAGAUGAAGACUUUACGAGCUGGACCCUGCACAGAGAUGGUCACUUUGUGGCGGUGGACACGGUGGACGAGCGGGACGCUGAGCGAGGUGCAGGUGAGAGACCCUGGAGAGAGAUCACAGGGGUUCUGCUGAGUCCGGCUCUGGAGCAGAGCGAGUGGAGCUGCCUGAGGCUCGUCUACCAGAUCACCGGGUCGGGAAGCCUGGAGGUUCUGCAGCGCUCAGAGGGACGGAGCUUCGACAGGCCUCUGUGGAGCAGCCGGGCUCCCUCUGACAGCUGGGUCAUCUCCAGCAUGGACCUGCAGAACAACACUGAUCUUAACAGGGUCGUCAUCGAAGGUAAACCUGGACCGAGCCCGGGGAGCAGCGUGGCCAUCUUUGAGAUCCACAUCAGCCCUGGAUACUGCCUGGAGUGCAACUUCGAGGAGUCUCACCUGUGUGGAUACAGUAACCAGUGGAACGCCAACGUGAACUGGUAUGUGGGAGGUGGUGGAGGCCAGCUCCUCCACAACAGUGUGCUCAACGACCACACGUUCAAAAACAGGACGGGUCACUUCAUGUACGUGGACUCCAUCUACGCCAAGACCUUCAAAGAAGUGGCCAAACUGGUGUCUCCCAUGACGACGGUGCCGAUGUCCGGCUGCCUGAGUUUUCAGUACCAGCGAAGCGAGGAGAGAGGGAACCUGUUCUCCGUCUUCACUCGCGACAGCCUGGGCCAGUACCAGGAGCUGUGGAGGCCGGAGUCAGAGGAGCAGAACGAGUGGAGUGAGACGCUGGGAGAGUGGAUCCCUGUGCAGGUGGACCUGAAGGCCCCGUACUCUGUGCAGGUGGUGUUUGAAGUGGCGUUUAACAGUCCAAGAGGCGGACGAGUGGCCAUUGAUGACAUUUCCUUUUCUUCAGAGUUCUGCAGCACAGACACCGAGCCGACCUUUGACCCCUCCAUCGCCAGCUGUGACUUUGAGUCCGGUUUCUGCCGCUACACCCAGGACCAGGUGACGGGGUCGUCGUGGAGGAGAGUCUCCGUGAAGCCCAACAUAUUCAGGAACGGAGACCACACCACGGGAGCAGGAUCCUUCGUGUUGGCCCACUCUCAGCUAAACCCACGCUCCGGCUACGUCAGUCGCCUGCUGGGUCCAACUCUGCCCGGGAACAUGAAGUUCUGCUUGAGCUUUUACUUCUCUCUGAGGG